GGUAAAUUUGGUAUAGCUUCCGUUUAAAGUGAAAGUUGAAAAUCUAAUUUUACUUUCUUUUUUUCAAAUUUUGGUAAAUGGUGUAUUUCAAUCUGACAUUAUGAACUUAGAAGAUUCUGAUAGUGAUAGUGAUAGUGACAAUGAAAAACUUCAAGUCUAUGAUGGAGGCAAUGGUGAUGACAUCGGUGCUGGAGAGCCAGCAGUCAAGAAGGCCAAGACAUCCAGUCAAUUGGAUGGGUAUACUGAUUUUGCCAAAAGGAUGAUGGCAAAGAUGGGUCACAAAAAAGGUUCUGGUUUGGGAAAGCGUGGCCAGGGUAUUGUAGACAUCAUAGAGGCAUCCAAGCAAAGAGGACGUAGAGGCUUAGGAUUGACAUUAAAAGGUUUAGAACCAGCUGAUAUUGAUUGGGAUUUUGAACAAGAAAAGAUAGUACAAGCAGAGACAGUAGAGUGGAUACCAUCUUGUACAGAGGAGACACCAUCAAUAGAAACUUUAAGAAGUUGGAAAAAGAUAGGAAAUAAAAAGAGAACAAUAGGUGAUGAGACCCAAUUUUGUGAUGAGAAGAUUUUACAGAUGGUUCUUAGUAGUAAGAGUAUAUUUGAUAACUUGGAACCAGAAGAAAUGAGAAGAGCUAGAACCAGAUCAAAUCCAUAUGAAACAAUAAGAGGUGCAUUUUUCCUGAACAGAGCAGCUAUGAAGAUGGCCAACAUGGAUGCCAUAUUAGACUUCAUGUUUACAAAACCAUUAGAUGUUGAUGGAAAACCAUUGAUGAAUCCUUCUGAACUGUUAUAUUUUUCUGAUAUUUGUGCUGGUCCUGGUGGAUUCAGUGAAUAUGUGCUGUGGAGGAGUAAAGCUGAAGCAAAAGGAUUUGGAAUGACAUUGAGAGGACCAUGUGACUUUAAAUUGGAGGAUUUCUUUGCAGGUCCUGCAGAAAUGUUUGAACCAUAUUAUGGAGUUGGAGGUGCAGAAGGAGAUGGUGACAUAUUUAACCCAGAUAAUCAAGCAGCUUUCAUACAAUUUGUGAAAGAAAAUACUGAUGGAAAAGGUGUACAUUUUGUAAUGGCAGAUGGGGGAUUUUCAGUGGAGGGGCAAGAGAAUAUUCAAGAAAUUUUAUCUAAGCAGUUGUAUCUUUGCCAGUUUCUGGUGGCCAUUUCUAUUUUAAGGACAGGUGGUCAUUUUGUAUGCAAGCUGUUUGAUUUAUUCACACCAUUUAGCAUAGGUCUUUGUUACUUAAUGUACAGAAUAUUUAACAAAAUCUCCAUUAUAAAACCUGUAACCAGUAGACCAGCAAAUUCUGAAAGAUAUAUAGUGUGUAAAAAUUUAUCAAGUGAUAUGGACACUGUACGACAAUAUUUCCAUGAGAUAAAUCUUGAAUUGAAUAAACUUUUAGUGUCAACAUCUUCGCAGGAUAUCAAUGAGAUAGUGCCGUAUGAUAUAUUAGAAGAAAGUGAACAUUUCUUUACAUACAUGUUUAAUUCUAACAAUACGUUAGGAAAGAUGCAGAUUGCUGGAUUAAAGAAAAUACAAGCAUUUACUCAAAAUACGGAAUUAUAUGAAGCUAGACAAUCAGAAACUAGAACUGAAUGUCUUGUAAAGUGGCAGGUACCAGAUGAAGUGAGAACAGCUCCAUCUAAACAGCCACCAGGAAAUGCAUUUUUAGAUUUAGUUGAGACAGAAAAUACAGACUACAUUACAAAUGAUAUAGACAAACUUUCACCAACAGAUCUACAUAACAUAAAAAGUCCAUUUGAUUAUCGCUGUUAUGUGAUAGGGAAUGUUGAGAGAAAGAGAUUGUAUAUGCUAGGCUGUGGAAGGUCACAUGUGUAUAAGUGGGAUGGUCGAGGUAAAUGGAAAAAACUAGAUGAGGACAAUAUACAUGUGGAAUUACCAGCUAAAACUUUAAUUGAAGUAGAGUUUGUUCAGGAGCUUAAAGGAGAGGGCAUGGGACAGAAAAGGUUGAUGACAGUCCAUGUUUUAGAUGCUUUAUUUUUAUAUGGUAAUGAUGUUAGAAAACUUCAUUUUACUGACAGGAUGGAGAAAUUGAAAAAGUUUGUAAAGUCUGUGACUAAGAAAACCAGACCUAAUUUGACACCUAUUAUUGCUCCUAAUGUCUACAGGUUAGAGCAGAUAGGACAGAUAUUUGAAAGAUUAGAAUUUAAAAGAGUGAAAGGUUCAGGCCAACCUCGUUUGUGUUAUUUUCCCCCAGAUAGGCCUGAUGAAAGAUGUUUUCUUCCUACUGGCGUUUGUAUUAUAAAGACUGUAAAAGAACCCUGGACAAUUGCCUUGAGUAAAUCAGCAAAUAGGAAAUAUUUUUACAACACAUCAUCCAGGUCAUCUACAUUUGAAGCACCUCCAGAUAGUGUAGCAUCCGCUAGAGAAUGUAAGCUGAACAGUUAUAGAUGGGACUUUGAAAUGGGAGUCAAGAUUCAUCCAAAUCAAACAUUUGAACCAGACAAUACUAAGAUUUCAUUGACUGACAUGUUAAGCCACAUACAGAAAAUAAUGCCACAUUGAAAUUCUCUGACAGAUAUUUGAAAUUCAGUUUGAUCGUAUGAAGGGUGAAGAAAUAUUUAUUUGUAAUGCGAGAAUACCCAACGUGUUCAAUGUUUAUAUUUUAAAGUUCUGAAUGCUGUAGUUAUGAUCAUGCUCAAGGUCAUACUGUUUUGCUGACCUUUACCAUGAGGGCCUGCCUAAAGAUGCAUCCAUAGAAUGAGGGUACUAGUAAACGGCACUUUGAUUUUUUUUUUAUAUCUUAUGAAAAGAUGCUCACAGUUUGAAAAAUCAAAUUCAAUGCAGGAAACCAUAGUUCCAUAAAUCGUUGCAUUUACCAAAAGACAUAUUUUACAUGCUCUGACCAUCAGAAAGUGUUAAAAAUAUUUGAUCUUCAUUUAAUAAUCAAGUCAUUUGUUAUAUUAAAUCAUGCAUUGGUAUUGUUCUCUGAAGCGUAUCAAUUUCAUUCAUACUCAUAUCAUGUAUAUCAUAUUAUGUAAAUAUAGGGUUUUUUUCUCAUCAAAAGCAUACUUUUAAACUUUUUUACUUUUUUUUCACCAGUAUAAGAAAAUUACACAUCUUCUUGGAAUCACUGCAUCCGUCCAUUUAUUUGUAUGUUCAUUUAUCUGGCAAUUUGACACUUUGUCCCACAAAUAUUUUUGUCACACUUUUCUCAGAAAAUUUGUGCAACAGAAUGAAUACACCAUUAAAGUUGAAUAUUCAGCCAUACAAAAAUGCAUAAUGCUUAUAAUUGUUCAUGAAUUGGCUGUGAUGUAAUUUUUUCCCCCUAGAUACCCACUUUUCUUUUACACUUUCAAAUGCAAACAGUCAAGUAAUGUGAAAUCAGAAAUUAUUGCAAGGAUUUAUUAAUGCGAUACUGACAUGGCAGGACCAACCAAAAUUUAUAAUUGAUUAUUCAAUAUUGUGAUAUCAGGAAAAAUUGCAGGCAUGAUACAGAUAUAUGUAUCAAAUUCUACCAUGCUAUUGUUAAUUUUUGCUAAUCUUUAAUAGUCACAGUUUUCGCGUAAAUGAAACCUGUAAAUAAUUUCUGAAUAUACAGUACCAGUUUCAUUCCAUGCAGUUACCUUGAAAGGGGGUAUAAGUUUGUUGAUUGUUGAUAUACAUUGUUAAUGUUAUAAAUCAAAAGCUCCCUCAAAUCUGCCUUUUGACCAACCAUCACCAACCUAAUUUCAAUGCAUGCUGUCACAGUUCAAUGUAUUACUUCAAGUUUAAUUGGUUUUAAAAAUCAAGUGACUUUUUUUACUUUUAUUUACAAUGUCACCCAGAACCAGAUUUGACAUGACAAAGUUUUACCUCUCCAUGAUAAAAGUUCAUAGUAUACUUAUAGCAUAUGAAAGGGUCAUGUGGUGAACCUAUUUCAGAUUAAAGUUCUGUCUCAUUGUCAAUCAGGGGGCAUCUGUAACUCUAAGUAGCUUAACUACUGGUCCACUAGCCAGUUAACCUGUGAACUGAUAAAAGUCAGCAACUUCCAUAGAAAAUGAUAUAUCCUGUAGUUAGAAAUUAGUUAAAUAUCAUGAGCAAAUACUAUAAAAUUCAGAAUAGAUUAAAAAGUCAUAUGAAUAUAAAACAAUUGUUGACUUUUGUUAUCAGUUGAUACAUUGGUUUAAAUCAUCAAAGUCAAUACUUGUGUAAUAUUUGAUAAAAUUUGCAUGUUGUGAUUAGAUAAAAUAAUUAGAUCAUUUGUUGAAUAUGAUUUAUGUUUUUAGAUAAAAAGACUAUCCAGUAUGAAAAACCCAACAUAUUUCAUAUAUGAAAACACUUCUAACUUUCAAAAUAUUGAUGAUAAAAUGAUAUGUUAUUUUAUGAUAAAGGGUGUCUGAAAUAAAAUGAUAUGGAAAUCUAUGUGCAUUAAUAUUUGAUAAUUAUAAGUUUGAUGGUGAAUUAAUAAGUUGCAUAGAUUUCAUGUGAAUGACUUGGUUGUCUGACAAAGCAAGAGUUUAUGGAGACCCUGAAUAAAUCAGAAAAUGGUCAGGGAUAGCUGUCAAACACAGUUGAAUCUAGUUUUAAAAUAUGUGCAAGUUUGCACAUCCUCAGUACUGAAUGAAAUAUAAAGUAAUAUUUUUUGGUAUAUAUAACUGAAAUGUGGUAGCAGAUACAAAUGAAAAUGUACAGCUAAUGCAUUGUGAUAAGCAGUAUUUGCACUAAUAUGAAUAUAAUGUUCAUGAAUCUUCAAUCAUAAAACAUAUUACUGUAAUGAUCCUACAGUUCUGUUACUUGUUGUUUGUUGUAAUGGCUUUUUAGAUAAUAA